AUGCCGGACUUGACUUGUCUGGGCUGUGGUAAGCCCUUUCCUACCCAGAAACAACUCUCUGCGCACUCCUCGCGAUGCUCAAAAAACAACGCCCUCAGCCUCACGAGUUCCGCUUUUGACAAGAAACGCCGCAAGUCAAACAAGGCUGGCAAGAGGUCCAAGCGGACACGCAUUGAGCGGGAGGAAUUAGUUGAACAAGGUUUAGAAGCGGGCCUCGAUUAUGAAGCCCAGAUGGAAUCUGCUGAUGGUACCAUGUUUGAGCAGCACGAAAAUGAUGCAGGACCAUCGAACAUCCCGCGCUCACCCUCACCACCUCCCCCAGUCACUUCCAAGCGCUCUGGACGCACAGUACGCAUGCCCAGUCGCUUUGUCGACUAUCUUCCUGGAUCAGCAACACACCUCGCACACAUGCCUCCCACUAACCGGCAGCAAUGA